AUGGAUAUGAAGAGUAGAUUUACUGACAACACCUCCUCUCGCACAUCCUCCACCCGCACAUCCUCCACCCACAACACCUCCACCCACAACACCUCCACCCGCACAUCCUCCACCCACAACACCUCCUCCCACAACACCUCCACCCGCACAUCCUCCACCCACAACACCUCCACCCACAACACCUCCACCCACAACACCUCCACCCACACAUCCUCCACCCGCACAUCCUCCACCCACAACACCUCCUCCCACAACACCUCCUCUCGCACAUCCUCCACCCACAACACCUCCACCCGCAACACCUCCUCCCACAACACCUCCUCCCACAACACCUCCUCUCGCACAUCUUCCACCCACAACACCUCCACCCACAACACCUCCACCCGCAACACCUCCUCCCACAACACCUCCUCCUGCAACACCUCCUCCUACAACACCUCCUCUCGCACAUCCUCCACCCACAACACCUCCACCCGCAACACCUCCUCCCACAACACCUCCUCCCACAACACCUCCUCUCGCACAUCCUCCACCCACAACACCUCCACCCGCAACACCUCCUCCCACAACACCUCCUCCUGCAACACCUCCUCCCACAACACCUCCUCUCGCACAUCUUCCACCCACAACACCUCCACCCACAACACCUCCACCCGCAACACCUCCUCCCACAACACCUCCUCCUGCAACACCUCCUCCCACAACACCUCCUCUCGCACAUCUUCCACCCACACAUCCUCCACCCACACAUCCUCCACCCACACAUCCUCCACCCGCAACACCUCCACCCGCAACACCUCCUCCCACAACACCUCCUCCCACAACACCUCCACCCGCAACACCUCCUCUCGCACAUCCUCCACCCGCAACACCUCCACCCACAACACCUCCACCCACACAUCCUCCACCCGCAACACCUCCACCAGCAACACCUCCACCCACACAUCCUCCACCCGCAACACCUCCACCAGCAACACCUCCUCCCACAACACCUCCACCAGCAACACCUCCACCCACACAUCCUCCUCCUCGGUCUCAGUGACUCCAUGA